GUCAGUUUGCAAAAUAAGGUCUUGGCGCAAAGUGUGCCUAGAGGAGCACAGGAGAGUUUACAUACCUUAAAAGGUUAUACCACAAGGACUAGAUCAAUGCAGCGAUCACUGUUACUACUGGCCGUGUCAGCCAUCCUUUUCUGUGCUGCAGUGGCUCUGCCCUCAAGACUAACCAAAUCCGAGGAGGAUUGGCUGGAGCAGAUGCUGACGCUGAGCGAAGACAGCGGUGAACUGCAGGACCUGGACGAGAGCACCGGAAUCCAUAUUAUCAAACGAUCUGCCAAGGAUGCCAGCAGCUCAUCUGAGGAGCAUAAUGACAAAGCCAAAGACAAGGCCAAGAACAAGGCGGACAGCUCCGGCGAUUCCUCCUCCGAGGAAAAGACAACACCAGCUGCGGUAGAAGAAACAACUACGGAGCACACUGCUAGGAAACGCAGAAGCACGGAGGAUACGAUGGUGCGAUCCUUUUGCCAGUCACUGAAAGAAUUCGAUAUUAAGAAUUUCAAUCUACAAUCUGCAUAUGACCGGGCCGUAAGCUUUUGUAAGCAAAGGGAGUCUAGACGAAGACGCCAGGCUGCCGAUCAGAAAUCCAGCGAUGCGCCGGACCUGGAUGCCCAGGCUGAGAAGGAACUGGACGAGCAGAUGGCGCAGGCUGUGGCGGAGCUUUUGAAGGACAAGGACAACACCAGCAUCGAAGACUACGCCCAGGGAUGCGAGGUCAUGGAGGUUAGCUCCAAAGAGGCCAACGAGGCCACCUAUGCCGAAUGAUUUUGAAUAAACAUAAAUAACAUUAUAGCUUAUGUUUUCGUAGCCAUAUUACAUUUUUACUAUUAUUAUAAUGACUGAGUCAUCAAAACAAG